GAGCAUCCGUGAGUGUUGUGUUGGAGGGAUCACCAUGGACACUGCAUUCGACUCUGCCUUCCCCCAGCCGUACCUAGGCAGACAGACAGCGGCAGCAGCAACCGCAGCAGCACAGGCGGCAGCAGGACACGCAGCCAAGCAGCAGCGCCUGCAGCUCGAGUGGUCGGCGACGAUGCUCAAGCAACUGCAACCUCAGGACAAGCAGCAACUACCCAGCAGCAGCACGACCACAACCAAUACCACUACAACGACUAGCACUACAAGCACAACUUCAGCCACGCCCCAGUCACAAGCACAGCAGACGCCAGCAGUCCAAGGCGCCAGGUUGCCCGACUCCACUUCACUAAGUGCACUGUCGCUGUCGCGAGGGAUGAUGACGACACCCGUCCCCGUCCCCGUCGCUCCAGCUGCAAUGUACAUGUCCUCAGGACGCUGCCUAGCUCGAAUGCUGCAAAUGAACGAGUUGCUCAAUCACAACCGCCUUAAUUCGUUGGGAUGGUGGCAGCAGUUUACAACCGAGUUCUUUGCGACAGACGCAAUCAUUCAAUACUCGUUGUGGAAUAGUGUGGAUGGUACGACGCGCUCGUUUGACUUUCCAGCCGCGCUUUUACCGCGAUUCUACAAGGCUCAUUUUGACAGCGGCAUCACCGAGCUCGCAUUGUUGAUGAAAACCCCGCGAGAGUUACCUCGCGAUUCCUCGAAGGCGCCUGUCCUCUUGGAAUCGAACGUUGCCUCUCUCCUUCAUGGGUUUGACAAGACGACGCAGGUGACUUUCAAUGGUCAGUUUCAAGCUACAUUUGAUCAAGAUGCCAAAAUUACCUGCUGGAGGUUUGAUGUGCAAAAUUUUCGAGAAUACGUGCUCCGCGACGCUGUUGCCGCUGUCCUGCCGCCUCCGUCGCCCAUCAAUGAAUAUGGCAUGACAAAACCGGUGAUGCGUUGUCUUGAGCUUGCGGAAAAUGUGGUGCAUUUGGACGACAUUAUUUCUGCCUCUGGCGCAAACACAAGUCCGGCUGAUAUCAUGGGUCUUAUCAUUUCAGAGCGCUUACAAUUAAUUCUUCAAAGAGAGCGUCAGCGCUCAGAGUAUCCUCUGCCUCCUUUCACCAACAACUCUGGCCAGCAAAGCGUUCCCGAUCGAGCGUUUGAGUUUCACGCGGGUGCCGACGACCAUGAGCGCUCGGUUGGGUCUACGUCUUACGAUACGUUCCUUCCAGCCAACCAGGAAGCCAAUGUUCAGGCGUGGUUGGGCUCCAGGAUACCGUAUUCCCCCCAUCCUGUGACAUCCAACAAGCCUCAGGCAUCCACUGGGUCUGUGGCGGUCGGAAAACCAGACCCUGCCUCUACACAGGCAACCCCAUCCAUCGUUGCAGUGCUAAACGCCGCACGUGAAGCUAGUCUAUUACACAGCCUUGCCAAUCUGACGCCUGAACAACGCGUCGCGGCAAUGCAGGCGAUUGGCAAAACAGCAACGCAGACUACGCAUGUCAACUACUUGGCGCAUUCUCCCAAAACGACGCUGUCCCAGCCAAGCGUCCAUUCCCCCAAUGAGUUUAUGAAUGAGUGAAUAGUUGGAUGGUUGUUUGGUCAGCUUUUGCGGUUGGAUUGUGCGUCAAAGCUGUUACGAAGUAAAAACAGAAACUUGAAGAAGAAGAA